GAGCAGAGUCCCUCAAUCAGAUGUGCGGGAUCCGGACUUUACAGCGAGAGACGGCUCCCACCGCCGCCGAACCACCAGCACUCUCUCACCGUGGGAAAGACACCCAGCAGCCGGCCAGCAGCACCUGAGCUGGACGCUGUGGCGGAGCUGUGAGGAUAGGAAAAUCUAAUAACAAGAGAAGGUUAUUUUUUUUAGCCCUUACUCUACUAUAAAGGCGAUGACAACCCAGUAAGACUUGACCAAGCAGGGCUACCAGCUGUUCCACCGCCUUGUCUCUGUAUCACAUCUCCUGGAGACAGUGAGGACAGACAGACUUCCAGCAGAAAGACAGGCUCGUUUAACUUGAACAACCCCGGGGAUUGAUCGUCUUAAUAUCCCCAAAGGGCCAAACUUCCACGGCCAACUAUGUAUCGCUCGACCAAGGGAGCGUCCAAGGCUCGCCGGGACCAGAUCAACGCGGAGAUCCGGAACCUCAAGGACUUGUUGCCCAUCACCGACGCCGAUAAAGCGCGGCUGUCCUACCUGCACAUCAUGUCACUGGCGUGCAUGUACACCAGGAAAUCCGUCUUCUUCAGCGAGGAAUCGGGAACUGCCAUGAGUCUCGAGGAGAGCGCGAGAUUUCUGUCUUUCCACGAGCUGUCGGAGUUGGUGCAGGCGCUGCCCGGGUUUCUAAUGCUGGUGAGCGGGGAAGGCAAGCUGCUGUACCUCUCGGACAGCGUGUCCGACCACCUGGGACACUCAAUGGUGGAUUUGGUUGCUCAGGGCGACAGUGUCUACGACAUCAUCGAGUCUACGGAUCACUUCGUCAUGAGGAACAACCUCACCAACGUCUCCAACCUCGACCAAGACCGCCUCUUCCGCUGUCGAGGGUUCCUGGGAAAUUUGAUUGGAAAAAGCAGGGCAGCCUACAUCAAAUCCUGA